AUGACGACGAUAUGCCGGACCUUUGCAGCGACCCUGAAGAUUGUGAUUACAACGAGAUUCAAGACGGUGGGGAUCAUGGAAUCAGGGAUGAAGGCGGCGGGGAUCAAGGUCACGGGGAAGAAGGAGGGGAGAAUGGGCAUGGAAGUCAAGACAGGGGUCAGAAUAGGGAUGGCGGGUGUGACUGAACGGGGAGGAGAAGCGGUAGCGGAAGUGGAGGAAGAUGAACUGCCGGAUCUCGUAUCGCCUCGUACGAGCACGUCGCCGGAUGUGGCUGAAACGGGUGUGACUGAAAUGCGUGUGACAGAAACGGAUGUGCCUGAAACGAGGCCUCUGAAUGAAAAUGAAGCGGCAGCAAGCGAGGAUGAACUGCCAGCUCUUACCAGCGGCAGCGAUGGUGGUGCUAUUAGCGAGAGUGACGAUAGCGAGUACGACGAGGACGAGGAAAACGAGGUAGAGGAACGGUGGUGGCAGAGAGAGAACCAGACUCCGGGCGUCAGGGGCCGUGACUAUAACGAGCACGACGAGAGCGACAAUAGCGAGUACAGCGAGAGUGACGAUAGCGACUACGGGGUGGAGGAGAGGGAGGCAGCGAAUCGAAUCCCAGGCCGCAGGAACCGCGGAAAUUGGGCGGCGGAUAAUUUUCUUAGCACUUUAAGGCAACUGGAGGGACUGUUGCUGGAAAUAGGAGGCUCGUGGUCUAGCCUUGAAGGGGCGGAGGAAGACGGACAGGAGGCGGAAAGGGAGGAAGAGGAGGAGGAGGAAGAGGAUGGGGAGGAGUGGGAGGAGGAAGGAGAGGGGGGAUGGAGCGAUGAAGAGGAGGAGCAUGUGGGAGGGAGGGCGCGCGUGCCUCUGUUUCGCAUGGGCGUUGAGAGGCUGGCGUCGGGCUUUAACAACAGCACUCGGGGCAGGCGCGGACGACGAGGGCUGAGGCGAGGGGGUGUGGCGGGGACUGGCUUGAGAGGUGGCGUUACGGGGCUGGAGGGACUGGUGGGGUUGGAGGGUAGAGAGGGGAGGGUGGGUAUGGAGGGGAUCGAGGGUAUGGAGGGGAUUGAGGGGAUGGAGGGGAGAGAGCAGGGGGAAGCGGCGCAGGGGGGACCGCUAUCCGCAGCACAAGCGGCAGAAAUGGCACGGCUUGAAGGAGCUGCACCAGUGUUCUUGAGACCUUUUCAGGAGGUCGAGGGAGCAGCUCCUGCUGUGCAGCAGGGCGAGAGGGAGCGAGGCGAGAGGCAGAGAGAAGAAUGGGAGCGAGGAGAAGCACCUGGGAGAGCAGCAUCCGAGAGAGAAGCGUUCGAGCAAGAAGUGCGCGAGAGGCAGGCACGUGAGGAAGAGGCGCAAGCGUUUGUAGCGGGGCCCACAGAGGACAGGGGAGCGGGGCUGCUGAGGCGGCUGAGAGCAGCCCAGCAGCAGGCGCUGCUGCGGCUGGAGGUGGGGCUGGAGAGGCGGCUGCAGCAGCUGAUGCAGGAGCUGGUGGGCCCCUCCGUGCAUGUGGAGUUCAGCCUUCGCCGCGGCCGGCUUGUCAAUGCUGACGGUAGCCUUGCUGCUGGUGCAGAUGGCGGUGCCGGUGCUGGUGCUGGUGCUGGUGCUGCUGGUGCUGGUGCUGGUGCUGCUGGUGCUGGUGCUGGUGCUGGUGCUGGUUCUGGUGGUGGGGGGGGUGGUUUGUAUGGUGCUGGUGUCGCUGGUGGUCGUGCUGGUGGGCUGGCGUUUGGCGGGGCUGGGUUCGAGGCUCGGAUACACUGGGGCGCCGGACCUGCUGCUGCCGAACCUGCUGGUUUCGCAGGCGCUGGUGGUGCUACCACGGAUUCAGACGGAGUCACGACCACCACCAUUGUCUUUGGCAACAGAGGAAACUUUGGUAAUCGAGGAGACUACCUGGACGGCCCUGGCUUAGACGCUUUUCUCGACCAGCUCGUUGCGGCAGACGCGCAACAACGCGGCAACCCCCCAGCGGCGCUAUCCGCGGUCGACGCGCUGCCAGCUGUCGCCGUGCGAUUGGAGGACGUGGAGGGCGGCGCGUCGUGCUGCGCGGUGUGUAAGGAGGUGGCGGAGGUGGGAGAGGAGGUGGUGAGGCUGCCGUGCCGGCACCUGUACCACGGGGGGUGCAUCCGGCAGUGGCUUGCGGUGAGAAACUCGUGCCCCAUCUGCCGGUUUGAGUUGCCCACGGAUGAUGAGGAGUAUGAGGAGCGGAGGCGGCUGCGAGAGCGGGAGCAAACGGGGCGGUCGCAGGGGGUGGGGGAGGAAGCCGGGCGGCGGCAGAGAGAGGGGUCAGAAGCGGGGCAGCGGCAGGGGGAGGGGGGGGAAGCAGGGCUGUGGCAGGGAGAGGGGGGGGGCGGAUGGGUGGCGGGAACGGGAACCGCAGCAGCAGGGGCUGCAGGAGAGGAGGCAGCAGAGAGAGGAGGGGAUGGUGAGCGGGCCUCAGUAGGAGCUGACAGCUUAAGAGGCAGUGAGCAGUGGCAGAAUGGCGUGACAAGAACUGGCGUGCAGCUUGUGGGAGGGGAUGGGGAGCGGGCUUUGGUUGGAGCGGACAACCCAAGAGGCAGCACUGAUCGCCAGCAGCAUGAUCCUCUGGGGGAGGUGGCACGAGGUGGCGCGCGGCAGGUGGUGGGUGAACGGAGUGAGGAGUUGGAAGGCGACGGGAGUGGUGAUCAGAGGCGUUUGGAAGGAGGUAGUGAAGAGGUCUUGAGGCAGAGCAUGGGGCAGGACGAGGGGGAUGGUGUGGGGAGCAUGAGUUUGCACGGCCGUAGCGAAGCAGUGCGUGGUGCGGGGAGGGGAAGGGGCGGGCGGGUGCACAGGCAAGGAGGCCAUUUGCUGCGCCUGGCUGGCGUGGUUGCUGCGUUUGCUCUGGGGAGGUCGGUGGUGAGGCGUAUUCGAAGGGGAGAGCCGGGUCCAUUGGAGAUGAGCUCAAGGGAGGAUUGA